GUGAAUCAAAAUAAUAAUAAUAAUGACAAAAAAAAUGCUACUUGAUUUCUUGAUUUCAUUCAACUUAUCUUCUUUUUCUUUAUAAUUAUUUCCCUUUUAUUUUAUUUUACUGUUAUUAUUAUUAAAUAUCAUGCGUUACAUCAAAUCACAUCAUUUAUCAUCAUCAACAAUAUAUUAUUCAAAUCUACUUACAUUAUUACUUGUCAUUUGCCAAACUCAGUCAGUUAUUGCGGCGCCAAUAUCUAUGGGUCAUAUAUUAGGUAUUGAUGAAUCAGUGUGGAAUGCCUUGUCAGUGGUAACGACGGUUAUCUUUGCCUAUUGUGCACAUGCAGCUGCAAUACGACCAGAACGAACAAAACGACUCUAUCCGGCAGCGACAUCUUUUGUGGCUGCGCUUGCUUGGCCAAUGAAUGGUGUAUAUGAUGCUUACAGUGCUAUUUACAAGUUUUUCAAACAAGAUGCUAUCCUCUACUCAAAUACUAUAGAAUUCCCAUCAAAAUACUUCCGGUCUAUAUUAUAUCAAGACAAUGGUGAUUAUUUGAAGAAACAAAUUGAAAAGUUAGACAAGCCAAGCCAACGCUCGAUAAGAAACUGUAUUUUGAAUGGUAAUGUCUUUUUAGGUUAUGAUGAUACAUUAUCGGUUUACCGUGACAAGUACGCUAUCAAAACCAAAGAUAUGUCUAUUACUGGUCCUGGAUCUCAAUGUCAAUAUCAAGCAUCACUUCAUCCAGCAUCUAUUCGAUUUCUACCAAAAUCUAUGAUUGAUCAACUUAUUCAACAAACUCGUGGAAUUCAAGAUAAUGCCAUUGGAUCGCAACUUAUUACACUCAUUCAAUUGAUCUAUUCAUCUUAUAAGAUUUUUGUCGACAAUGGUAAUACCUGGGGAAAACUUAUUCUAGGAAUAUAUAUGAUGAUGUCCGUACUUCAAUCUGUUUCACGAUUACUAUUACCUACUCAAUUGGUGGUAUUUAGCUUGAUAGUGCCACCACAGGUGGAAGCAGAAUUUGCCAAGAUACCUACUGUUAAUAUGGAAACAAGAAAUUUGGUUGGAUUCUCACCAUUUGGAACAGAUAUCAGCUUCUUCACCGACCAAAGCGACGAUUAUUUACAUAUUCAUAGUUUUCAACACUCUCAGAAAGGCUUUGAUCCAAUUUUAUGUCACAGAUCAAGAUAUGGAAUUGAAUCAUUAUUAGGAUCGACAAAACAUUUGACAUGGAAAGAGAAAUCUCACAAAUUUAUCGUCUUCUUUCUCUCAGUGGCCACGCCUCUACUAUUAGGAAUCAUAGCCGGUUAUGAUCGACAUUCGGUUAUACAAAUACUUGUACUUAUUUGGAUACUAUCAGCAUUCCCAUUUCUCUGGAUCACUUCUCACCUCUAUCGACCGUUUGUUUGUGUACCCUCUUUUACUUACUUUUGUUGCAACCCUAAUCUUGGUCUGGAAUACUUCUUUUAUGCUCAAUGUAUGAACUUGGUGGGAAUUGGUUUAGUUAUUAGUGCUACUAUUCUUAGUUAUACAUAGGUUAAUGUUUUUUGUCAUGUCACAAGAAAAUGCUUUUCGUGAUGUUAUAAAAUAAAAUAUCGUACUUUCCCAAAAUGAAUGUCGC